CUCUCCGCGAUGCGCUUUGCGAGCGGGCGCCGGCCAGAGUCUCUCGCGGGUCCCUGCUGAGGAAUCCCUUCCCUGCCUCGGCGCCUCGCGGAAGCGUCCGGGGCUGGAGCGGCUGCCCCGGGGAGACCAAGCGCGGCUUGCCUGGGGUGCCAGAGACGCCGCCGCGGAGCGGGCUUCGGGGCGCUGAGAGCAAGCCGAGCCGGCUUGGAAAUGCGAACCCGCCGGCGGUCGCUGCUCGCUGCCCUCCUGCUCUUCUGCUUCCCCCGAAUAGAAUUGGUUUCUGGAUAUCUCAGACAACAGCGGAAAAUUACAGAAGACUGGUCGUAUUCAGGCGCAUUAAAUCAGACAAACUGGGGGAAAAGAUAUCCAGCAUGUAACGGUGCCAAACAGUCACCUAUUAAUAUUGAUGAAGAUCUAGCGCCAGUAAAUGUAAACCUUAAGAAACUGCAGUUCCAAGGCUGGGAAAAUGAAACAUCAAAAGACACUCUAAUCUACAACACAGGCAAAACAGUGGAAAUUAAUUUGACAAAUGAAUACAAUGUUACUGGAGGAGGCUUAGAGGGUGUAUUUAGAGCGAGCAAGAUAACAUUCCACUGGGGAAAAUGCAACGCAUCACUUGAUGGAUCUGAACAUAGUAUAGAUGGACAAAAAUAUCGCCUUGAGAUGCAAAUCUACUGUUACGAUGCAAGUCAGUUUGCGGAUAUAGAUAAGGCAAUUGAAGGAAAUGGGAAAAUAAGAGCUUUAUCAGUUUUAUUUGAGGUUGGUCUGGAAGAUAAUUUGGAUUAUAAUUCAAUUAUCGAUGGAGUGGCUAGCGUUAGUCGCUUUGGGAAAAAAACUGAAUUGAAUCCUUUCAUCUUGUUGAACCUUUUGCCAAAUUCAACUGACAAAUAUUAUACUUACAAUGGAUCUUUGUCAACUCCUCCAUGCUCAGAAACGGUUGAAUGGAUUGUGUUUAAAGACACUGUUAACAUUUCAGAAAACCAGCUGGCAGUGUUUUGUGAGGUCCUUACCAUGCAACAGUCUGGAUACGUGGUGCUGAUGGACUACCUGACCAAUAAUUUUAGGGAAGAGCAGCAUCCAUUUUCUGUCAAGAUGUUUUCCUCGUAUACUGGCCAGGAAGAAAUUAAUGCAACAGUUUGCAGCUUAGAACCAGGAAAUGUCCAAACUGAUCCAAAGAACUACACCAGCCUUCUGGUAACUUGGGAAAGGCCUCGAGUAGUGUAUGACCCAAUGAUUGAGAGAUUUGCUGUUUUAUACCAACAGUUAGAUGGAGAAGACCAGACCGUGCACGAACAUCAAACCGAUGGGUAUCAAGACUUGGGAGCCAUUCUGAACAAUCUGCUACCUAAUACCAGUUACGUAGUGCAGAUAGUUGCUAUUUGUCCUAAAGGACUUCGUGGAAAAUACAGCGAUCAAGUGAUCGUUGACAUGCCUUUGGAUGAUCCAGAGAUUGAAUUUUCUGAGUUGACUGGACCUGAAGACUAUGAGGAGGAAGAUGAAAUGGAGGAGGCGAGAGCAGGGGUGGGUGGAGAAGCUGCAGUAAUUACCAGCACCGAUAGUGUGACAAACGAAAUAAGGAAAAAAGAAUUCCAGGUGACGACAUCUAGCUACAGUCUGGAGAGAAUGGGGACAAAAUUCAAUGAAGCGGGAACACACAAAUACUUGACAAGGGAGGAAGACUUCUACGAAAAAAACUAUCAAUCCACAGCAAUUCAUCAUUCAACUUUUCAGCCCAUUCCUGAAAUACCAAAGGAAGGAAAAGACGACUCUAUGGAAGCUCAUGUGGUUACCACAAUUGUCUCUCCCACGAGUGUCUCCACCAAAGGUAAUGGGGAGGAACGCACACAUCUUUCUGACAAUGAGCAAACAACAGCCACUGCUUCUGAGAGUAGUGAAGAUGAUAUAGAGGUGUCUGCUUUUAAACCCGAUCUAGAUCCCGAUGACUCUUGGAGUUCUAGCCGUACCACCUCUUCUAAGUGGUUAGUUACUGCAGAGACAUCCCCGGAAAACACCUUUAGUUCAGGAAGCCCAGAAACCAGUAUUCACGAUGACGAUCUCUCUGAAAACCAUAUUAAAAUGCCAUCAGAAGAUUUAACACACCCAAGGCCUGAAGAUUCUGCAGAAAAAGCGCCUGCAUUUGAUGGGAAUUUGUGGCAUCUUAAUGGUACACAUAUUAGUGCUGUACCAGAGGAUAGUAAGCAGUUUUUUGACACUAGUCCCCCAAAUCCUGCCACAGUGCCUUAUCCGAAUGGUGCGGUGCUUUCACAAGAUGCUUCUGUUGUGGAUAUAGAAUUGCCACAUUCUCCCACCUUUGCUUACUCCCUCACUGAGUUGUCAUCUUAUUCUGUCUCUUCACAUUCUGAAGAACAUGGCUCUGCUACUGCUGCCAGUAAGACACUCUCUCAGGCAACUCAACCAGUGUAUAAUGGUGAGAUACCACUUCAACCUUCCUACAGUAGUGAAGUGUUUCCUCUAGUCACCCCUUUACUGUCUGAUGCUCAGAUGCUCAACACUUCCCUUGCCGCAUCAAGUAGUGGUGUCACCUUGCAUGCUACACCUGUAUUUCCCAGUGUCGAUGUGUCGUUUGAAUUCACCUUGUCUUCCUAUGAUGAUGUGCCUUUGCUUCCAUUUUCCUCUGCUUCGUCCAGUAGUAAAAUGUUUCACCAUCUGUAUAUGGUUUCGCAAACAUUCCCGCAAGCUACCGCAGCUUUUGAGAGUGAUAAAGUGUCUCUGCAUGCUUCUUUGACGUUGGCAGAAGGUGACAUAGUAAUGCAGUCAAGCCUUGCUCAGUUUCCUGAUGUGACAUCACAUCAGAUGGUCCACCCUGCUUCGGAGACAUUGGUAUUUGGUCAUGAUAGAACUCGCUUGUCUCAAGCUGAACCACCCAGCAGUGAUUUAGAUAUGCAUGCACUGUCUACAAUCUCUGAACUUGCCUAUGCUUUAACUAGUAAUGUGGGCUCUCUCCAAACUGUUGCCGCUACCUAUUACUCUUCAGAAUCCGCUCAUGAUUCUGUCGGCACGGUUCGACAGGGUCCGUUGUUUAGCAGCUGUAGCAGUGUGCUGGCACAUAAGCCUUCUUCCGCAAUAUCGCAAGCUGACCCUUUGCUGCUGCCUACGUGUUCUUUGUCUAGCGAAACGGAACGGUCUGCUGCAUAUGCUGGUAGUGAGUCCCCUUUGCCUGACACAGAUAUGUUGUCUAUGCGUAAUGCUUCUCCGCACAAUCCUUCUGGUGAAUUGAUAGGCAGCACACCUGGGUUUAGUGGUGAUGUUGAAAUGCUUCACAAAAACGGUGUGAAAUACGGAUCGGACACAGAACGGCAAAUUUCUUCUUCUUUCAGUGAAAUGGCUCCCCUUGCUGAAAGUGAGAUGCUGCUGACUGAACAGCCAACAGCCGUUUCUAGCGAUGACGUUAAUAAGCUGGAUGCGGCCUUGCGAGAAAUCCUCAUUACUGUUUCUAGUGCAAAGGGAAUCCUUCCAGUGUCUCUUGCUUUUCCUGUUCCUAAGGUGCUUGAUUCUGGUGUUAGUAAGCUCUCAGAAAGUGCUGCUCCUGUUCAGCUUUUGCAUGUUACAACCCCAGUCUUUGAUGACACUUUGCUUAAGCCUGUGCUUAGUGCGACCUCAAAGCAAGCUUUCUCUGCCCCUGCUUCUAGCCACGUAGUAUUUCCUUCUACCCAACAGUAUUUUUAUGAGUCUUCAGCUACAUUGAAUAAUAAUGCAUUGCUGCAAACUUCCUUUCAGAAGUCUGGUGAUGGUACCCUGCUUAAAACUGUGCCUAGCGAUCCAGUAUCGAUUGAAAAAACCACCAGGGCUGAUAAUGGUAGUUCUGCAUUUGAUCAAAUAUUGCACCAAAUGAUACAAGGCUCUGCUGCAAAUAAAUCAGUGUUACAUUCUACAUCGGUGUUCUCUGCUGUAAAUAUCUCACAUACUACCAGUAAUCUGACAGAUUCACCAGAAAGUUUAACUGUCUCUAAGGCAAGGGGUGAAUAUAUUUCCCCAAGUUUGCUUAACAACGAAGAUAUACACCAGGUUGCUCCUUCAUUGCACAGUAAUUCUGAGUCAUAUUGGUCAACCAGUUUAGAAAACACAAAUGCCUUUCACCCCAAAGCAGUGGACACAGUAACUACCCCGAUCUUGCCAACUAGUGCGUUACCAUACACAGCUGUUUAUGUUGCCAGCCAUAGUCAUUCAAGUAUUUCUGAAAAGGAUGAGGUUCUCACUUCUUAUUUGGGUUCAAAUAUUGUUGAUAUUGCAGAUCCUGUGCCAGAAGUAACUUCUGUUCCUCAGGCUUUUACAAAUGCGCCAGAUAUGUAUGUUACCCUUUCAGCUGAUUCUCCCAGCAUGAAAGAUGGUAGUACUUUAAACACAUUUUUAAUUCCCACUAAAGUAACUGCUGAGUUAUCCACUGCUGCCCGUUCUGAUGCUGAUUUGUGGUCGUCUAUUGUUGAUGAGGAUUACGAUGAGUAUGAUAGCGGCUUGCCUAUGAAUGGCUGUCACACAUGCACUUCCCAUAGAGAAAUUCAGGAGGAGGUAGAUGAACCAGAUACAAAGGUAAACAUUGUGAACGGUCAGCAUAAUCUAGUUAUAAAUUCACACUUUGAAAUAUCUGAAGAAGAAGAAGAAGAGAGAGAAGCUACAAUCGCUCCAUCAGAUCAUAGGAUCAUCCAUGAUGCAGACCAGAUGAAACGCACACCAUUCCCAGGAUUGGCUUUGAACAUCAAGGCUGAAAAACAGAGUGAUCCAUCCAUACUGGACAACCAAAUUCAGACUGUUAGCAACCCAUUGCAAAACACACCAGAGUCUAAGUCAUGGGUAGUUUUGGCAAACGAUGAAGAGAGUGGUUCUGGACAAGGUACUGCAGAAAGCCUUAAUGAUAAUGAGACAUCAACAGAUUUCAGUUUUUCUGACCUUAAUGACCGUGACGCUGACGGGACAGUUGGAGCAGGUAACUCAGAAAUAACUUCUGGAUUACAACAGUCAUCUGUAGAAUCCAUUCCUAGUGGUCACUCAUCAGUCUUCAACAUUUCUGAGGCAGAGGCAAGUAAUAGUAGCCAUGACCUCCUAAUUGGUCACGCUGAACAGAAGACGGUUAUACCACUUGUGGUCGUAUCAGCUCUGACUUUCAUCUGUCUAGUGAUUCUUGUUGGUAUUCUCAUAUACUGGAGGAAAUGCUUCCAAACAGCACAUUUUUAUUUAGAAGAUAACACGUCACCUCGGGUAAUAUCCACUCCUCCAGCACCAGUCUUCCCUGUAUCAGAUGAUGUUGGAGCAAUCCCAGCAAAGAGUUUUCCAAAACACGUUGCAGAUUUACAUGCCGGUAAUGGGUUCACUGAAGAAUUUGAGACACUGAAAGAGUUUUACCAGGAAAUCCAGAGCUGUACUGUAGAUCUAGGUAUUACUUCAGACAGCUCUAACCACCCUGACAACAAGAAUAAGAAUAGAUAUAUAAACAUUGUGGCCUAUGAUCACAGUAGAGUUAAGCUUGCACAACUUUCAGACAAGGAUGGAAAGCUGACCGACUACAUUAAUGCCAACUAUGUUGACGGCUACAACAGACCAAAAGCUUACAUUGCAGCUCAAGGGCCUUUAAAAUCAACAGCUGAAGAUUUCUGGAGAAUGAUUUGGGAACAUAACGUAGAAGUCAUUGUAAUGAUAACUAACCUCGUUGAGAAAGGAAGGAGAAAAUGUGACCAGUACUGGCCUGCUGAUGGAAGUGAAGAAUAUGGAAACUUUUUAGUCACUCAAAAGAGCGUUCACAUGCUUGCCUAUUACACUGUGAGGAAUUUCACUAUUAGGAACACCAAGGUGAAAAAGGGUUCUCAAAAAGGGAGGCCCAGUGGCCGCCUCGUUUCUCAGUAUCACUAUACCCAGUGGCCUGACAUGGGUGUCCCUGAAUAUACUCUGCCAGUGCUCACAUUUGUUCGAAAAGCAUCAUAUGCCAAACGUCAUGCUGUGGGGCCAGUCGUGGUUCAUUGCAGUGCUGGCGUUGGAAGAACAGGCACAUACAUAGUAUUAGAUAGUAUGCUACAACAAAUUCAGCAUGAAGGGACUGUCAACAUAUUUGGAUUCUUGAAGCACAUACGAACACAAAGGAACUACUUGGUACAGACAGAGGAGCAGUAUGUCUUUAUUCACGAUGCACUUGUGGAGGCGAUACUUAGCAAAGAAACCGAAGUACCUGAAAGUCACAUUCAUGCCUAUGUUAAUUCUCUCUUAAUUCCUGGGCCAACAGGAAAAACAAAAUUAGAGAAACAAUUCAAGCUUCUGAGCCAGUCUAAUAUACAGCAGUGUGAUUAUUCAACCGCACUGAAACAGUGUAACAGAGAAAAGAACAGGACCUCAUCCAUCAUUCCUGUGGAACGAUCUAGAGUUGGUAUUUCAUCAUUGUCAGGUGAAGGUACAGACUACAUCAAUGCCUCCUAUAUUAUGGGUUAUUAUCAAAGUAAUGAAUACAUUAUUACCCAGCAUCCUCUCCUACAUACCAUCAAAGAUUUCUGGAGAAUGAUAUGGGACCACAAUGCUCAGAUCGUUGUAAUGCUUCCAGAUAGUCAGAAUAUGGCUGAAGAUGAAUUUGUUUAUUGGCCAAACAAAGAGGAGCCCAUCAAUUGCGAGAGCUUUAAAGUCAGCCUGAUUUCAGAAGAACACAAGUGUUUGUCCAAUGAAGAGAAGCUUAUAAUCCAAGACUUCAUUUUAGAAGCUACCCAGGAUGACUAUGUUUUGGAAGUGAGACAUUUUCAGUGUCCAAAAUGGCCAAAUCCAGAUAGUCCAAUUAGUAAAACAUUUGAGCUUAUAAAUGUCAUCAAAGAAGAAACUUCCAACAGAGAUGGACCCAUGAUUGUACAUGAUGAACAUGGAGGAGUGACAGCAGGUACUUUCUGUGCAUUAACAACGCUCAUGCAUCAGCUAGAGAAUGAAAACUGUGUGGACGUUUAUCACGUAGCUAAGAUGAUAAACUUGAUGAGGCCUGGAGUCUUCACAGACAUUGACCAGUACCAGUUUCUGUACAAAACUAUCCUCAGUCUUGUAAGUUCAAGGCAAGAAGAAAACCCUUCAGUAUCCAUAGACAGUAAUGGCUCUGCUUUACCCGAUGGCAAUGCAGCAGAGAGCUUGGAAUCUUUAGUUUGACGACAGCCAGUGUUCAGAAUUCAGCAGAGUUGGAUUUUUCAGUAUCAUUGAUUCCCCUUAUUAAAAAUUAUGUAGGGGGGAGGGGGGAAUUAUCCAGCUAUUCAUUUAUCUUUUUUAUAUUUCCCGUUGGGAAAAAAAAAUCACAAUUGUUGCAUAUGACUUUAUUGCUGAACUUAUAUCUUUAACAAUGUGUGCCUUUUUGGAAAAAAAUCUUGUAAUGCAUUUUGUUAUGUUUGGACUAAUUUGAUUGAACUACAGUGUGUUUCUAUGACUGAAAUUGUGGUCUCUCUCUUUAUAGUAUUAGCUUUCCACUUCUCUGGCUUUAUUUUAACUUAAAUUUUACCAUAACUAUAGCCUCUAGGGGUUCUAAGCAACAAACAAGUUAUUUUUUUUUAGUAUCCACCUUGCUGUUAUUUAUAGCAUUUCUUAUGUUUGCUAGAAAUGUAACUUUUAAUAUGGUAGACUGUAAAUAUAAUACUGUUACCUGUAAUAUUCAACAUUUUAAGAUUUUGCUAGGCAGUUAGCGUAGUUAAUACCUACUGUAAAUAUUUCUAUAGUGAUUCCAUGGACCAAAUUUAUAUUUAUAAUUGUAGAUUUUUAUAUUUUACUACAGAGUCAGUUUUCUAGUUCUGUGUACUUGAAUUGUUAAAAUGAUGUAGUUGAGUACCUGUUUUUAAUUUUAACAAAGAUAUUCUGAUAUUAUUAUGCAUCCUAAGUAACUAUUGUCUCUGCAUGCAAUUUUAACUUUUCUGAGGAACUGAAAAAAACUUGUUUUGAGAUGUUUUUAUGAGAAUAACAUCUGUAUUCAGCCUUGUUUAAACGGUUUUUACCCGAGGCAUUGCAAAAAUAAAUAUUGAUAUUCCA